AUGCCGGAAGCAGCCCCCGCUGGAUCGAAACCGAGCAGCAGCGUGAAGCUGGUCUUGCUCGGAGAAGCUGCCGUUGGAAAGUCAUCUCUGGUCCUGAGAUUCGUCAACAAUGAUUUCCAGGAGAAUAAGGAACCCACGAUAGGCGCUGCAUUCCUGACACAAAAAUGCUCUCUUCCGACCCGAAUGAUCAAGUUCGAAAUUUGGGAUACCGCCGGUCAAGAACGAUUCGCUUCUCUUGCGCCAAUGUACUACCGAAACGCCCAGGCCGCACUGGUCGUAUAUGAUCUUACAAAGCCCGCAUCGCUGGUCAAGGCCAAACAUUGGGUUGCAGAACUCCAACGACAAGCUAGUCCCGGCAUUGUCAUUGCGCUCGUCGGAAACAAGCUGGAUUUGACCGAUUCCGGGGCAGGUGGUCAAGAGAACGAAGAUGAUGCUACGGAUGCUGAGAAUGGCGCACCGGGUCCUGAUGCCGAGGGCGAUGAGGAUGUUGAGAACAAUGAUAUUUCUACCACAACGGAUGCGCGAAAGAUUUCUACUCGGGAAGCAAGCACUUAUGCUGAGGAGGAGGGUCUCCUAUUCUUCGAGACUAGUGCCAAGACGGGCUACAAUGUUGCAGAGGUUUUCACGGCCAUCGCCAACGCUAUUCCCGAGACGAGCUUGAAAGGCGCCAAAUCUGGACCGGGAGGUGGUCAAACGAACCUUGGUGGAGGUCGUUCAGGAGACGAUUCUUCUCGAGUCAAUCUGGGUGAGCGCGCGGCUGCUACACCAAAGGAUGGCUGCGCGUGCUGA